AUGCUUGCGCUUGUUUUUGCAGGGAGUGUGCUUGCGAGAGAAGCAGGCCAAAGCCUGAUGGAUCUCAGCAUUAACUGGGAAUUUGCGAUUAAAGAUGCAUUAUAUAAGGCGCAGGACAGAACUGAUAUUGCGCUGCUUCUAUUGAUUCUAGGAAUUUUGAUGAAUUUCGCUGGAAUACGUAUGAAGAAAUUGUCUUUUUUCUCGAUCAUUUUCUGCACUAUAUGGGUUGGCACAGACACUCUAAAGAACUACAAUGACAUGGCAGUUAAAAUUACGUACAAAGGCAUGAUUGAAAAUGCCAGCAACUGUUUCAGGAUGUAUAACAUGGUUGUGGAUAUGAUCGCAAACAACAUAGUAUUCACGCUGUUUUUGUCGCUGAUCCUAGGAGUGAUGUUUUUGUAUGUUCUCAAGAUUAUUGCAUACUUAUUCAUACUUUACCUUGGCAUCAGUGCAUGGAAAAAUGUUGGAAGCAUGGAAGACACAUCUGAAGUGGUUUACUACGCAAUACAGAUAUUGCUUUUGAUUCUUGGGAUAGUAGGGAUGUCGCUUGUUGAUCCGAUUGCAAUACUAAUGUGCAUUAUUGUGUUUUCGAUGUUUGGAUCUGCACUGAUUAUUCUUGGACUGAAGUUUGGAUUAGGAGUUGAUCUGGAUAUAAACGAGCUUGUCAAGAUGCUCUCUCUUGAGGAGGAUAUAAAGAGCGGAAAUCAGAAGAUUCACUAUUUGAAGUUUUUAUAUGCUAUACUGGUAAUACUGGGUAUUAUUAAUCAAAUUAUUUUCCGAAAGAAAAAGUCUUGA